AUGGAAAUCCAGGCAAGCUGUUUGGCUCCAACAAGGAAAGAAAACGUACACCGUGAUGUUACAGACGCCCUCAACCAAGAUCCUCUGUUCGAUGGCUGUUUGAAGGAGAGUACUACGAGAGACAAGUUCCAAGAUGCUGUGAAGGAGGCCAACUCCAUCAUACAAAAAGGCGAGAAGGGACACAUCAAACGUGCUCAGAACGGCGGUGAUGCAAUGAGCGAAAUCGAUGAAUUGUACUUACAACUUUCCCGUAUGAAACGUCGCUGGGAACAGAAAUGUAAUCAACAACAGGCUAUAGCAAACGCUGAGGAAGAGGAUACCAAUACUCGGUUCCAAGCAGUCAUGAACACAGUCCAGAAGCGGGUCAGCACGAAUAUGCCUCAGUUCGAUUAUGUAACAGUCGGGGAAAAUGCUUCUGAUGCCUUCAAGUCAGCAGACAGCGGAAGUCCAGGUACGUCGUCACAAAUUUCAAGCGUUAUCGCAGACGAAGCAGUGAAUGAAGAUGAACCAGACAAGGAGGUGAACGAGGGUCUGUGCGACGCAAUUGAAGUACAUGUGCGACGCAAUUGA